ACCAGGUUGUAGCCUGCGUACCAGAUAAUAAUCGUGGAGAAGGCAUCUCUCUGGUACUUGUAAGCCUGUGUGGGCGGGCAUAGGGAACACCUGGCUGCUUACAUCUCUUGGUCUCUAUAUAGUAGUGGGGGAACUGUGAUCCACUUAGGAUGCCUCUUACACAGACCAAACUUCUUGCAGUGACACUGGCUUCCAAGCAUGUUCUCCUGUUUGGACCUCAUUGUGGUCUGUGUAUGCUCUAUGCAUUAACCCCAUGCGGGUUCACUUGUGUUCUUCUACCUACAGAGGCCUGCAGACAGACGUCAUCCCCUGAAAAUAUCCUAAACAAGGUGCAGGCCAACGAGGAAGAGGAGAGGCUGAAUAGAGAACUGGAGCUAACUACCAAGGAGAGAAAUGAGCUGACAGAUCGCCUCCUUUAUGUGACAGGUGGAUCCAUGAACAAGAGGGCCAGCCCCUACUUCAGGCCAAAUCCAUUUUAUGAAAACUUGAAGAUAAAGGAGAAAGAGGUCAUGUCAUUACUGCACAACUUAGACACAAAGAACAUUGAACAUCGUGAGAAAUUUCAGGAGCUGAAGAAGGAUAUUAACUUCUAUCGCAACCUGCACAGCCGGCUCCUGAUGGACCAGGCAUGUAUGAAGAAGAAGUUGGUCACAUUGAGGCAGGAGAGCAAGGAGGUACAGCGAUAUUUGUUUGAGUUGAACCCGAAUGAUGAAGAUGAACAGGAGAAGACCAGCAACCUCCAGACCCAGCAAAAUGUGGUAGGAACAAGCAGCUGAGUCAGAUUAACAAUGUCUGACACCAUUUGCGUAUUGGAUACAUCUUUGCUUCCCCUAUCACCUUUCUAAUCUCCCCACACCCAGCCAGUCACCCACCUCAUGUGAUAGAGUUAUUUAUUGCUCUGUGUAUGCACAAGUAUUCUGGGAUGUUAACCACUCUUCAGAAACUGAAUUAUGGGCAAUUAUACUUCUCUGCCCUUUUUGAAACUGCAGUCCAGGAAUGGUGACAGAGGAAUAACAUAUCACAUGACUGCAUCUCCCUGUCAUAGAUUGGAUGCUAUGAAGAGUUUUGAACGAGUUCUUGGUCAUGUGACAAAGGUCAUACAGGGGUCAUGUGAUGGUUGGAAGCACCUUGUAGGGAUAAGAACCAAGU